AUGUAUGUUCGAGAAGGCAUCCUCUUUGAAAAAGACCCAUCAGAUCAGGCCAGAAAAUUUGCUUCAUUUAUAAUUGAUGCUUUUGUUUUUCUGACUGCCUAGGCGGGGGAGAGAGACAGAGAAGUGAGCAGCCUGAACAACAAGCUCUUGAGCCUGCAAGUUGACAUCAAAAAUCUGCACGAUGUCUGCAAGAGACAGGGGAAGACCUUGCAGGAGAAUCAGCUCUGCGUGGAGGAGGCGAUGAUGAGCGGCAACCACAAUAAGAAACAAGCAUUAGCAUUCGAGGAGUCACGGUUGGAGUUUGAGCCCAGUAAACAGUGCCAUCUGAGACAACUCCAACAACUCAAGAAAAAAUUGCUAGCCCUUCAGCAAGAACUGGAGUUUCGCACUGAGGAGUUGCAGACUUCUUACUGUUCCCUCCUGCAGUAUCAGUCUGUCCUAGAGAAGCAGACUUCUGACCUGGUUCUUCUCCACCAUCACUGCAAACUGAAAGAAGAUGAGGUGAUUCUCUAUGAGGAGGAAAUGGGAAAUCAUAAUGAGAACACAGGGGAGAAGCUCCAUUUGGCACAAGAGCAACUUGCUUUGGCCGGGGACAAGAUUGUCUCCCUAGAAAGGAGCUUAAGCCUCUACAGGGAUAAAUACCAGACUUCCCUAAGCAACAUUGAGUUACUGGAGUGCCAAGUGAAGAUGUUGGAGGGGGAGCUCAGCGGGAUCGUCAGUCAGGAGCCUGAGAACAAAGGUGAUCAUUCAAAGGUGCGUAUAUACACAUCUUCCUGCAUGAUUCAAGAGCAUCAGGAGACCCUGAAACGACUGUCUGAAGUCUGGCAAAAGGUGUCUGAACAGGAUGAUCUAAUCCAGGAACUUCGAAAUAAACUAGCCUGCAGUAACGCUUUGGUUCUAGAGCGUGAAGAGGCUUUGAUAAAAUUACAAGCGGACUUUGCUUCCUAUACAGCCACCCACAGACAUCCUCCUAGUUCCUCAGAAGAUUGUGAAGACAUUAAAAAGAUACUGAAGCACUUGCAGGAGCAGAAAGACAGCCAGUGCCUGCAUGUGGAGGAGUACCAGAACCUGGUGAAGGACUUGCGCAUGGAGCUAGAGGCCGUGUCAGAGCAGAAGAAAAACAUCAUGAAGGACAGGAUGAAGCUGGAGCUGGACUUGCAUGGGCUGCGGGAGGAGACAUCUGCCCAUAUGGAGAGGAAGGAUAAGGAGGUUGCCAUCCUGCAACGGCGGCUGCAGGAGCUACAGAUGCAGUUCACGGAGACCCAGAAGCUGGGCUUGAAGAAGGACAAGCUCCUCCAAGAGAAAGAUGAAAUGCUGCAUGAGCUCGAGAAGGAACUGGCACAGGUUCAGAACAGCCUCAUGAAAAAGGAGAUGGAGUUGGAGAAGCAGCAACGAAUGACAACAGAACUUGAAAUCACCCUCCAGGAGGUGAAGCAGGAUAAGUCCAGGGCAGAGUGUGGGGCCCUGCGAGCUGAAAUCCAGAAGCUGAAAGACUGUCUCGAAGAUGCCCAACAGCAGCAGAAGCUGGCCGCUCAGCAAGCUGCCCAGUACAAAGAAGAGACCCUUCUGGCAAAGAGUAACCUGGAGGAUGCACAGAGGAAACUGCAAAGCUACCUUUUCCUGGAGAAGCAGAAGACGGAGACCAUUCAGGAGCUGCAGAGAGAGCUUCAGAAGCUGCAGAAGGAUUCCUUGAUGGCUGGAGAGGAACUCGCACCCAACAGGAAGCGGAUAGAGGAGCUGACAUUAGAACUCUCUGAGGCCCGGAGGAAGCUUGAAAGUUCAGAAAAGGAAAAGAGGCAGUUUCAGAAGACAAUGACUGAACAGGAUAUGAAGCUGAAUGAACUGCUAGAUCGUCUAAAACUCCUUCAACACCAGGUAUAA